AUGGCAUCAAGAAGUGCAACCUAUGAAUAUUGUCCUCGUGCAGAACCAAUUGAGGGCCUUGAAUAUCCUCUUACCGUUAAUUAUUGCGGAGAAUGUACAAUGCCAAUUGAAUAUUGCGAAUUCUCGAGUGAUCCAGCCAAAUGCAAGGCUUGGCUUGAGAAAAAUCUUCCUCAACUGUUUGAACAGAUAAGUACUGGAACUGAGGAGAAUGUAGGAGAUGGUGGGGCAAAGAAGAAGUCCCGUCAGAGCCGUGGUGGAAAGGGACCUGGCUCGAAAAAGCCUACUGAACAGAAAGUCACAGUUUCCCGUUCUUCUAGAGGCAAAAACAAGUUCACCACCAGUGUUAUUGGUUUAGACACAUAUGGAAUCGACUUGAAAACUGCUGCUAAAUUUUUUGGUCAGAAAUUUGCCACGGGUAGCUCUGCCAAUAAUACUGGUGAAAUCGUGAUCCAGGGCGACGUUAAGUAUGAACUUAUGGAUAUUAUUCCUCAAAAAUGGGACCAGAUUCCUGAAGGUUCAAUCAUAGAUUUAGGUGAAAUUAAACGCUAA